CGAUUAAGUUUAAAUAAAUCAUCAGUUUGAGUUUCAAUUCAACAAGAAAACAAUCAAUUCUAACAAUUGUUUCAGUUUCAUCGUAAACUAAUCAACUCCAAUCAACAACAAUGAAUCAAUUAGUUUUCGUUUGCUUAAUUGUCGUCGCCUCUUCCAUGGGUGCCUGCCUUCCAAACCUUUUCGACUUACCUAAAGCCCUUCUCGAUAAAGUACCAAAGGUCGGCUCAAGUUUCUGGCUCGGAAGAUGUCCACAAACCACUGAACUCGAAGCUCCAUUCGAUGUCAAUGCUUACCUUGGUGACUGGUUCGAAAUCAAGAGAACUGGUCUACUCUUCGAGUUCGGUCAACGAUGUGUCAAAGCUAAUUACAAAUUAGACUCAAAUGGUAAUGUCGCCGUUAACAACAGUGGAGUUAAUUUGGUCGAUUUCGAGAUCUUCAGUCUUGGUACUGCCAAACCCGCUUCACAAUCAAACGUUUUCGGAGUCACUUUCUUCUCAUUAUCACCAUCAGCCCAAUACUGGGUAGUUGACACCGACUACAAAAACUAUUCAUUGGUUGUCUCAUGUAACGAUAUCCAAGGAUUGUUCAAUAUCAAGGAUGCUUGGAUUUUAUCCCGAAAACCAACAUUGGAAAAGGAAACUCUUGAUCGACUCGAAUCCAAACUCAACAGUCUUGGAAUCCCAAGUUUCCUCCUUUCGUCAACCAAACAAAAUUGUGUCCAAAAGUAAAUUAACUCUAAUUGUUAUUGUUAAUUGAUCACUUAAAUUGUUAUACUUAAUUCUGAUCUAAUAUUUAACCUUUAAUAAAGAAACUUCAUUGCAAGAAAA